AGGAGGAGAACGCGCGCGGCGGUAAUGGCUGCCAGGGAGAGUGAGGAAGAAGACAACAAAUGAGACCCCAGAGAGACGACCCCGAAGGUGAGAUAGGAUGGUAAGCAGCCAGCCGAAGUACGAGCUGAUCCAGGAGGUGGGCCGCGGCAGUUACGGCGUGGUGUAUGAGGCGGUGGUGAAGCGCACAGGGGCCCGGGUGGCGGUGAAGAAGAUCCGCUGCCACUCUCCAGAGAAUGUGGAGCUGGCCCUGCGGGAGUUCUGGGCCCUCAGCAGCAUACAAAGCCAGCACCCAAACGUCAUCCACCUGGAGGAGUGUAUCCUGCAGCGGGACCAGCUAGCACAGAGGAUGAACCACGGCUCCAGCUCCCCGCUCUACCUGGAGCUGGUCGAGACGUCUCUGAAGGGAGAGAUCACAUUCGACCCCUGCUGUGCCUACUACCUGUGGUUCGUCACCGAUUUCUGUGACGGAGGCGACAUGAACGCCUACCUGCUGUCCCGCAAACCCAGCCGCAAGAUCAACACCAGCUUCAUGCUGCAGCUGGGCAGCGCCCUGGCCUUCCUGCACCGCAACCAGAUCAUACACCGCGACCUCAAACCGGACAACAUCCUCAUCUCCCAGGCCUGCUCGCCGGCCGGCUCCUGCGAGCCCACCCUCAAAGUGGCCGACUUUGGCCUGAGUAAGGUGUGCUCCACCUCCGGGCUCAACCCAGAGGAGCCGGCAAGUGUCAACAAGUGCUUCCUGUCCACGGCCUGCGGAACAGACUUCUACAUGGCCCCGGAGGUCUGGGAGGGACACUACACCGCCAAGGCAGAUAUCUUUGCUCUGGGAGUGAUCAUCUGGGCCAUGGUGGAGCGCAUCACCUUUGUGGACGUGGAGACUCAGAAGGAGCUGCUGGGGAGCUACGUGCAGCAGGGUUCAGAGAUUGUUCCUCUUGGGGAGGCCCUGCUAGAGAACCCAAAGAUGGAGCUGCUGAUCCCCGCUAGGAAAAAGAGCAUGAACAGCCACAUGAAGCAGCUGAUCAGGGAGAUGCUGUCGGCCAACCCUCAGGAACGGCCCGACGCCUUCGAACUGGAGCUCAGACUGGUCCGUAUCGCCUGCAGAGAGCUGGACUGGGACACGUGAUGGACCAGCAAACGGCCCCACAGACUGAGCUGAUCAAGCACAUGUACACAUCUCAUCGGUUAAUGUUAAUCUAGAAGAUCACAUUUUGGGAAUAUUGUUUUUUUAUUUUACUAGGGAACAAUAAUUAGAAUAGUAGUUGUUUGUCUUUUCUUAAAGGGGAAUUCUGUUUUUCAACUGUUGCCUGAUAUUUGAUUAUUUUGGGGUCUAAAACAGUUUUUACACAUGCACUCCAGAAAAUAUUCUGCCACUGAAAUCUCCCUGAGUUGCUAAUGCACACAUACUUUGUAGUAUAAAGUUUCAGGAAGGGAUGAGGGUCUCAAGACGUAAAAAAAGACGCUGUGGAAGUCUUAAGAUGACAGAUAAAGCAACAGCGUCGGACACUAUAAUGGCAGUUUUUCGCCUUUAUACCAAUUCUACGUCUAAUUUGAUGUGUUCACAGUAUAAACGGCCGAGUGGAAAAGAAUAUACUGGCGAGCAGUGAAGAGUGUGAAGCAGCUUCAUGACAUGCAUGAAGAUCAUGCACGCUAGAAGGCACCGUGAAUGAUGCAGACGUCAUCACCCAGCUGCACGCUCGUGGUUUUUGCUGCAUUUGCAAUUAGGCUCACCCUUACGCAAUGUGGAAAUAGUCGUAAAGAAUUCCACUGCGUUCACACGUGCGGUUCACCCAGAUUAUCAGGAGUUUAGUGCACGUGUGAAAACACUAUAAAGGACUCAUAGAUACUCAGAGUUUUGUGAUAUCUCCCUUUGAUUGAAGCAAUUACUGGAGCAAUUCCAAAAUGUUUUGUACCCAUCCUCAUUCAGACCCUGAAGUAUUUAGAAACAUUUGGCCCAGGUGUAAGAAUACCAGAAUUCCCCUUUAAACUGCACCCACUGUUCAAGCACAUCCAGUCCUCUACAAGCUGUGUCUUUAUAUUGAAGGGGAGAGGUGUGAAACUCACUGCUGCUGCGGCUCCAAAGUGCAGCUUAGUCUCAGGCUAAUCACAUCACAGCUUCCACUUCCUCCUUACAGAAGCACUCGAGCGUGAUGGAAUGAGCAAAAUGACCCCCAAAAGUCCUGGAUUCAAUUAAAAGUGAAAGUCAAACAGUUUGUCUACAAAUACCACUGUGGACUUGGUGCUAAUUAUUCUAACUAUUCUAAAUGCAAUAUGAGACAUAAUCCUGUGAUCAUUACAGCUUAUAUAUAUCCAAAGGGCCCAUAUUAGAACACAAUCACCUCCUAAGUGUUGAAUGUUUUGAAGUUUUCCGUGGCUUUAACAGAAAAGCUGACUUCCAAACUUUACUCUGGUACCGGACCACCAGCACUGACAUCAAGAUUUGAUUCUGUUUAAGCAUCAAAUGCUGACAUGCCCAGCACACUCAGGUAGUUAAAUCACACAAUAUGACGGGUAUUUGUAGACAAACUCCAUACAGUCAAGGUCAGUUCUUCAGUUAGAGAAAGGGGGAACAUCUCCAACCUUUGGUGCUUGAAGAUAACAUUGUGUGUAUUUCUUAAAGCUGCUUCGUUGGUAGUUUUGGGUGGGGGAUGUUUUAUCAGUAAGUGUCCUCCCAGCAGGUGCUUGGUUGGUGUUUCUCUCUUGUCUGCUCAUCUCAGACUUACAGAUAAGACGAUCGGUCUCAGACACACCAAUAACCAGGGUACAAGAAUGUAAAGCGACCAAGACGGGUCACCUUCAUUUAUAAAGCCUUAAAGACCAAACACUAGAUUUUUAAUUCACUUCAAACAGUUGAUUAAAAAGUCCACAGGAUCAUUCUGGUUUACGGCACUGGAUGGUUUCUUUUGUUUGGCUGUUAUUCAGUCAGUAACUUGUGAUCACAAAAUGUAUUUAACAUUUCAGUUCCGCUUGAGCGGUCUACGAAGGCCGGGUUGUUUUUUUUCUGCUGGGUCAUUCGAAGGAUGCUAGCCCUGAAUUGGGACAAAGCAGAUCUCUGAUGAUGCUAUAUCUGAAAUUCACUUGCAUGGUUUUUACAGACAGCUGGAAACAAACCAGAAUUAUCCUCGAAUUAGGAAAUCCAAAACACAAAAGACGCUGCCAUAAAGCAGUUCUGCCCAUAUUUAGACGACUUGUUGAAGUGACUUCUCCAAACACACGAUAAAACAAAACUACUGCUUAGCCUAAAUCCCCCGUUUUGCCUAAACCUAGAUUUAAUUACCUGGAGGGUUAGCUGUGACAUGAGUAUUCACCUCCGAGUCCAUUUGAACAAGAGGAACACUGAAACUCCCUGAAAGCACUUUGAUUUCCUUGUUUUUUAUUUAUUCCUGAUAACUACCUGCUGCGUCGUAUCGAGCCGCUCUGCGAGGCUGGAUUCAGUGCGAUAACUGCGUCUGCAUUUGUUUACCAGGCGAACACAAUGUCAGCCAACAGUCUACUUAUGCAUGCAGUGCCUCUCACCUUCAGGGAGGAAGUGAGAGAUGGCACCAGCGCACUCGACACACAAUCCUCCGUGAGCCAGAGGAUCUCUGCUUUCUUUUUUUUUUUUUUUUUUUCUGAAACAUAAUACUGUUGUGUUUAACUUGAUCUCCUCUCACUGUGUCACUGCUGCUCGUUUCCUUUGGCUCUGGAUCUUACAGUAAUCCCUUUCUUCAUGCUUCCGACAGGCUAAUUCUAAGCCUAUUAAGUUGUUGCAGAGCUUGGCGGAGGAUCAUGUGUGCAGGACCCCUUUUUGCCUUUCAGGUCGUACACACAUUAAGUUGUGCAGUUUAACAUGCACCUAUACAAACCAAACAACCCUGGCUAUUCCAUUGCCUUCAAACUGUGGCAGAAAAUGACACUUCUGUUUGACUUGUUGCCAAUGCCAAUAUGAAUCUGCUCGAUGGCCUUUAAUUCUCACGGCUUACUUGUUUUAUUUCCUGUUCUGAUGAGAUUGAUAUCUGCCUUAUCUCUCAAAGUCCCUGCUUCCUUUUAGACACUAGAGUGGCGUCCGUGAUGUCGCACCCAAACACACAAUUGGCCACCAAGUUGUGCUUGAGAUGCAUCACAUUUAACCCUCUCCUUGGUGUGAAUAUUAAUACCAUAGAUCAGUUUUCAAAUCUGUGCCGCAGGAAGUCAAUGCUGCUUUUGGACAAUGUUGAUCGCUUCAAGAAUGUGGUAUUUGUGGUUCACAAUCGAGCAUAAAGUUUGGUCUCAAAGUAGGUCACCCAUAUCCUGAGAGCUCGAAUCAGAGCAGAGGAUGAUGGGUAGAGUCAUUUCUAGCCAGAUUUCUUCCCUCAACCCCCAAGAAAAGAGAGGGUAUAGGGAUGAAAGACAAACGGCUCUUGUGAGGUGUGAAACAUUUGCCAAACAAAUACUAGGUGUGGGGUUUGAGAGAGAUUUCACCCUUUGAUUUGUUGUAUUAUUCCUUUGCACAUGUGUAAAUACUGUACAGGAUCAACAUGACGAACAAGGUUGAUGUACAUUUUGACUGGGUGUGCUCUGUUUUUAGGAGCCUGACUUGAUUGACAUGUAAAUUGCUGUGAUGGAUUCUUUCUUUGUUUUCUUCUUCUGAUUGAGCUUCAGUUUACUUUGGUUAUGGAAAAGAUGUGGUAUAUUUACAGGUCAAUACUGUUGGUGUGAUAGUGAUAAUUGUAUGUUUUCAUCGGCCUGUUGUUGGUGAUUUUGUGUAAAGCAAAGCUGGUAGACCAUGUGGGUCAACUCCAACGGUCCUUUUCUGUCUGGUUCUGGGGUAGUUUUGGAAAUGGUAAAAGUCUUUGAAACUCUCUGUCAUCGAUUUAAAAAAAAAAAAAAAAAACCUCAGCACUUCAGUAGCCCUGAUCCAGGACCGCCAUGCAAUGUCCACCAAUACUGCUAUCUCCAGGAACUCAGUUUAGCCAGAAAGUGGAACAAUGUGAGAUUUCUGAGGCCAAUAAAGAUUAUAACUCUGGUUACUCAGAUCACUGGUAAUGGUGGUCUAUAAAGUGAAUUUUGAACUUUAAUAAAAAGACACCCUUUCCAUGUGGACUGCUUAUCUAUGAUGCUCUGAAAGGAUUGUCAAAAUGCACUCAGAAAGCUGCUUCCAGGACAAAUAACUUAGAGCCGACCUGACAUGGGCCUAUAGUCGAUAGUCCGCUAUUGGAUGGCACAAUUUUUAAUAAGAGUGAGAAUGAAAACUUUUAAGAGCAUGCUUUGAGACUGCAGUUGGCACUCCUCCCAACAUUCAGCACGUUUACAUGCACACUUAAGUCGAUUGGGACAUUUACCUGGACUACUGUCCUUGUCCCAGUACUAGGGGGGGGGGAAUGGAUUUACCGACAGAGGUAUGUCUGACGUUGCGGUCGCUAUGGUACUUAGAGAUACAACCCCUUUCAGCAAUUAUUGGACCUUCUUCUGAACGACCUAUUACAUCACAAACCAAAAACUCACCAAAUUGUCUGUCGAACCAUGAAAACAUGGAAAACUUUACAGCUAUGUUCAUUUUGUAUCCUUGUUUGUCUAGAAAUUUGUGUUUCUUGCUCUAGCACUCGCCAUUUUGGUUCCUUUGUCUUUUUUUUUUUUUUUUAUGGAUUUCUUAUACACAUUCAGGCUGUUCAACUUCCUAGUCCAAGCCUGGCACAUACGGGAACUGUGGAGGAUGUGCAGAAGGCCUAGGACUGAGUUGUAUACAUGUAAGAGUAACUCAACCUCCAACCGGAUUAUCGAAGUGUUCUUUUCCGCCUUCAACAAGUUAGACCUAAUUCGAUUUCGAAACAAAUCUACCUACAGGUAGAAAUAAAUAAAGUAUACUGAACCUUAUUUCACUGAGUCGGAAUAACAAUAAAUCCCUUUUUUUUAUAUUGUGAUACAGUACUGAACCUCUGCAGAACAUGCAAAAGAGCAUCGAGAGCCUUGCAGAUAUUGAUUAUUACUAGAGGUGGUUCAAUAUAUAAAAUCGUUAAACAGGAAGUUGCAUUCUACUAACAGCUUUCUGAGGGUCUUCACUUAGUUAUAUCAGUCCACGAUCCCAACAUUAUAGGUAUGAUAUUGGUAAUUUGUUAAAUGUCCCCUCUUAAAUUGGCAUUGAUAUCAGUCUAAAAAUCCCUCAUUGUUCUGACUCUCAUGUAGCAUUUCUGUUCUUGAUGAAAUAAGUAUUGACUCCAUUUUAAGCCCCCCCAGCUUUAUUUUAAGUACACAAAGUUCUGUUGAUGCACAUUGGAAAAUAUGCUAAUUCCAACAGAUGUUAUAGACCUCAUAGAUGAGCCACUAUGUCAUUCAGGUUCACAUUUGAAGACAAAAAUGUCACUGGUGGCAAAUAAAUGCCAAUGAAGACCUGAUGCAUGAAAACCUGGUCCUGGAUGAGGGCUGCACUUCACAUAAAACCUGUCCUGUGUCGGAUGAAGAACACUGACUCGUGUCAGACGAGAUCCAAACUCACAGAUCUUCUGCUCUCACUCUUUUGUAUGAACAAUUUUUUCCCUUGUCGAUGUAAAGUAUUUUGAAGAGAUUAAAUGAAGUUUAUCAGAAUUGGUGUGAACACCUGUCAAUCACUGUUGAACUGAUGAAUUUUUAAAUAAAAUGGAUUGAAAGAAAAAGUUGAA